UUUAUUAAAAAUAAUUAAAAUUCCAUACUUAUAUGGAAAAGUAAGAUCUUUUUAAGGAACGUCGAAUUGAACGUUCGCAUAAAAAUUACGACCGGGGGUGUGUCUGGGUUCGAGGCUUUGCAUAAAUACAUCUACGUCCUGAAAAUUACCGGCAGUCAUUGCGAGAGUUUUGUGAUGAAGAAAUUGUCGCCCAAGGAGGGCAAAUUUUAAGAACGUUCACUUGAGCCGAGAAUGCCGGUGAAAGUUGACGUAGUACCACCACCGCCCGCAAACUCAAAGCAGCCGGGUGUCACAAAAUCUUUACUCUACAACGGUUCACGAUUUCAAGGUUCUCAAAAGUCUAAAGGCAACAGUUACGACGUAGAAGUAGUUUUGCAGCACGUAGAUGAAGAGAAUAGCUAUUUAUGUGGCUAUUUAAAAAUUAAGGGUCUUACAGAAGAAUUUCCUACUUUAACUACAUUCUUUGAUGGUGAAAUUAUAUCAAAGAAAUAUCCAUUUUUAACUCGUAAAUGGGAUGCAGAUGAAGAUGUUGAUAGAAAACAUUGGAGUAAAUUUGAAUCUUUUCGCCAGUAUGCCAAAACAUUUAAUUCAGACACAUUUGAUUACGAGGCUUUGAAGGGAACUGAUUUUGUUUUUAUGAGGUGGAAGGAACAUUUUUUAGUUCCUGAUCAUACUAUAAAAGAUAUCAACGGUGCCUCAUUUGCAGGAUUUUACUAUAUUUGCUUUCAAAAAUCUGCUGCUACUAUUGAAGGCUUUUAUUAUCAUCGUAGUUCAGAGUGGUAUCAAUCUUUAAAUUUGAAACACGUCCCAGAACAUAGCAUACAAAUCUACGAGUUCAGGUGAAAUCAAUGACUUUCGCACAUUUAUCUCUCGAAUUUCAUAUUUUGCCUCUCCUAGCUUACAGAUCUCAUAAAAAUCAAUCUUUGAAGUAGUUUCAAUCGAUUUGAAUAACCAACAACUUUUAAAUUGUUUAUGUUAAAAGUAAAGUACUUGAAAGAAUAUAUAUAAACUACUUCAAUAAGGUAUUUCUUAGGUUCUUUUUUAAAUAGUAGUACAUAAUAUAUAUGGUGCAUAUUAUAUAUUUACUUUAUAUAAAUAUUAGAGAGAUUUCGUAAAAGAAAGGUCAUAAUUGAAAAAGUGACAAGGAUUGCAGUCAUUGAUACGCUUGAUUAUAAAUUAGUUAUUAUUAAUAUUCAUUGUAAGAUGUUUUAUCGAAAUAAAUUAAUUGAUGUUUUUUGUCAAUUAAAAUGUUGUUAAUUAUUUGGUAUUUUUAUCUAUUAUAAGAUUGUAAUAUCGUUUAUUACCAUUAUAUAUAAUCAAAUUUACCCUAUAGUAUGAAUAGGGUUUCGUUUUUUUGUUUAAGUUCAAUGAAUAAUACAUGCAUAUUAUAAAAAAUCUCUACUAAAUUAUAUAUUUGAAAACAUGAAAUAAAAAAUCUUGUGGCAUUGCAUUAAAAGCAUAUACUUAUAUUUGAGUUACUUAUAUGAUUUAAUGACUGCAUUUGUAGAAAUUUAAGGUUUACUUAUAUUAUUACUCAUUCAUAUAUUUAUGAGAUCUGUUUGCCUCAACUGAAAUAACGGUGGUGACUGAAUGGAUUGAAGUGAAUGUAGUAAAAAAAAUCAAACUGGAACAUGAAAGUAAUUUUAAUAUUAUCUUAAGAUGUCAAAAUUUCAUGCUGAUAUUAUUCUCUUGUAUCAGCAUGAUACAGAUUAAAUAAAUGGUAAACUCAGA